CGGCCGCCAAUCGGAAAUGGCGCAGAGAGAAAGCCCGCGGUUUCUUUUCGCGGCCACACCCUGCUGUUACAUUUUGGCGGGGAAAAUCUGUCGAACUCGAACCCUAACCAGGCGGCGCCAUGAACAAGUUCCUCGUCGCGGCGCCGCCUUCCGCCGACGAGGGCCCCGAAGCGCCACGACCACCGCCUCGGAGGUGGCACCGGUGGAGCCGUAUCGCCGUGGAGCUGGACGGCCACAUCGACGCCAGGUUUCGACAUCGGGAAUCCCGCCGUCUCCUCGAUUCCCUUGCAGAGAUUAGGACCUUCGAACACAAGUACUACACGCAUGGCGAGGAACGGUGCCCGACACAUGUGAAUCGCAUGAUUAAUGCUUCAACAUUUGCUGGGUGUUACCAUUCAGCUAGGGAGGGGGUUUCGGCAAUGGAAUUCGAUAAAAAGGGAAUAUACCUCGCAUCAGUGACAAACUCAGGAUGUUUAACAGUGCAUGACUUUGAGACCUUAUACUGCUCCUUGUAUGGCCCAUCAUGUAGUUUACCAGAUGACUCAUCAAACUAUGUGCUCCAUAUAUCAAACUCAAUGCCUCUAUGUGCUGUCCGAUGGAAUCCAGGAAAUCAAGACGAGAUUGUUUGCUCAUCUAGCCAAACUGACAAAGUUUUACUGUUUGACAUUGGGUACAUCUCAUCUGCUCCGACUGAAGUUUUACAGAAAGGGAAGACCAAAUUUCAUGGUCUCUGCUCGGAAUCCCGGAAGGGUUUGACUGAUGUAGCUUUUACUCCAGACGAUAAGUCACGGCUAUUUGCUUCUGGACUUGAUGGUGCAGUCUACAUGUGGGACAGGCGGCUAAGUAAGACACACUGUGUUGAGCUUACAGCACUCCCAGAAUCUCAGUUUACCAGUGUCAAGCUAAAUAUGGAUAAUCGGACAGUGUUUGGUGCAACUAGAAAUGGGACCAUUCAUGUUUGGGAUACACGUGGAGGGAGGGCAUCAGCUGCUUUUCAAAGCCAUAAUGAGGUUCAACCUUUGUCAUCAGUGAAGAUAUCAAGGUUGUUGGGAAAAAUUGCAUCGCUGAAGGAACAAUCAAACAUUGUUUCAGGUGAAAUUCUGUCGAUAGACUUUAACCCUAGUUGCUCAUAUCAGUUAGCCUUCCAUCUUGAUGAUGGGUGGUCUGGAGUCCUGAAUGUCAACACUUUCAGUGUUAGUCAUCUGCACUGCCCUCCUCCUGCUUGGUUGGAGGGUGUGGACUCUGUGUUGCAUAAGCGGAAAGCCACCUGGCUGUCGACAUCUUCAAUUUAUGCAGUCGGAUCUUCCUCCAAUAAUGGAAUAUAUGCACUGGAUUUUCAUCCAGAUACAAGCUCUGCAUGCCAUGUGGACUACAAUGAGGAAACAAAAGGCUCUGAGGAAAAUCAACCUGCAGAAAACAAGUUUAUUCCCUUAUCCGAAAGGGUGCUUUCCUGUGCAGCCCAUCCACUCAGUCAUGACAUAAUUUGUGGUACCGAGAUUUACAAACAAAAUUGGAGUCAGGUGGCAAAAAUAUAACUAGUCACUAUUGUCUUCAGUUCUCGUCGUUGCUCAUGGUAUCGCAAAAGUAUGAGACCGUCAGAGAUCCAGAGUAGGGCCUGAGCACAUCAGGAGCUUCCUCCAAGCACAAGCAAUAUCCUUGAUCGAUUGCGGCAUUAUCUCAUGGACGCCCUGCACAUAAGAAGGAUGUGUGCAGCAUGGGACUUUGUUGAAUUUGGCUGGCAGGUCGCUUUAGCUGGGGAAGUUGUGUAGUUGGUCACAAGAUUCAGCUUGCGGCCAGAAGACCAAUGGACAUGGUCGUUGCACUUGAUCUUUCAAGUGUUGGCCUUCAAGGCAUGCUUAUGGGGGCGAGGAGGAUUGUUCACUUGUAAUUACUGUUUCAUCUUUAGCCGUCCGAUCCGAUGGUUUUUAGAAAGUGCUGUCAUCUGUAUAUGCCGUGCUCUGUACAUGAACUGUUUGGAAUCAGUUUGAUUUGUGUUGUGUAGAUGAACCCUCUUGAUUCGUCGUGAUUAAGAUGGCGAGUUUUCUACAAGUUGAGUUGAGCCGGCAUCAUCAGCUACGAGGCCUUCCCAGAGC